GAUCAUUGUGGUAGAAAUUGUCAAAUUGUUGUUAUUUAACAAUGGAAAGGAAGAGUGAAGAAGAAGGAAAAGCAAAAGAGACGGAGCACAUUCAUCAGCUUCCUCAUAUUUCACCUAUGCAGCCGGUGAUACAUGGUGCUUACGGUGGCAGAAUGUACGGAACCGAGCAGGGACAGAAGAAAAAAGAGGAAAAGCCGCCUGCCAGUAAGACUCAAAGUGCUGAUGGACCGGAUGAGGCCAAGAACGAGCCCAGGCACAAACCUCCACCGUCAUCCGGUGAUCUUGACAUUGAUAUCAGUGGCCAAUCUUAUAUCCAGUAAAUCGUCGCUGCCGCUUUAUUGUUUGUUCUAUGCUGUUCUCUAUUUUUUUUUUUUUUUUGGAUUUCUUGGCUUGUAAAAUAAACGGCAUGCUUUAAUAUUGUGGUUUCAAUUUUCCAGUCUUCAGCUGUAUGUUACAAUGGAAUCUCUUACUUUCUAGUAA